GGUGGUGUUUGUGCGGGUGCUGGACGCGGUGGAUAGCAGUCAGAUAGAAAUCUAUAAAGAUGGCGUCGGCAACAGCAACCUACGGGCAGAAGGAGUCUUCGGACCAAAACUUCGACUAUAUGUUCAAGAUCCUCAUCAUCGGAAACAGCAGCGUGGGCAAAACCUCCUUCUUGUUCCGCUACGCUGAUGAUUCCUUUACACCAGCCUUUGUCAGCACAGUGGGCAUCGACUUCAAGGUGAAGACCAUCUACAGGAACGACAAGAGGAUCAAAUUACAGAUCUGGGACACGGCGGGUCAGGAGCGUUACCGCACCAUCACCACGGCUUACUACCGAGGAGCCAUGGGCUUCAUCCUCAUGUACGACAUCACCAACGAGGAGUCCUUCAACGCCGUCCAGGACUGGUCCACUCAGAUUAAGACGUACUCGUGGGACAACGCCCAGGUGUUGCUGGUAGGAAACAAGUGUGACAUGGAGGACGAGCGAGUGGUGGGCGGAGAUAGAGGCCGGCAGCUGUCGGAACACCUUGGUUUUGAGUUCUUCGAGGCCAGUGCCAAGGACAACAUCAAUGUGAAGCAGACCUUCGAGCGCCUGGUCGACAUCAUCUGUGAAAAGAUGUCUGAGAGCCUGGACGCCGGAGACCCGGCUGUCACAGGGGCCAAACAGGGGCCCCAGCUGACAGAGCAGCCAGCUCCACCCCACCAGGACUGUGCAUGUUAAAGCUGACUGCUCCCUCCUCCCUCCUCCUCCUCCUCCUCCUCCUCCUUCUUCUACUUCUCCCUCAACUGGAUACCAGGCUCCGGGUCUAUUCUCCAUCACCCUUUUCACUUACUUUCCUGCUUCUCUCUGUAUGUCAGUAUGGAUCGUUGGCUCAUAGUCACAAGAAUCAGGUUGAAAAGUGUCUGAAACGCUCUGAGGUUCUCGUGGACCAGUGCUUGAGGUGUGUUUGCUUCUGGUUCCUCCGCAACCAGGAGCUAAAAUGUGUUGGGGCUGGUUUUGGAUCAGUGCUGAACCAGGCUGAUGCCAAAGCAAGUUCAGUUAAACCGAAGUGUUUCAGACUCUUUGCAACCUGUGUUCUUUCAGUUCCCAGACCUGUUGUCCGUUGUCCCCCUGCUCCUCAGUGUGGUUUAACAAGAAGGAUUUGACGGCGUCCGUCCUCAGAGUGCCAUUUAAAUCCUUCCCAUGUUUACAGUACUUCAUUUCAUGUCAGUCAAAUGUUUUGAGAAGAUGUCAGCCUUGGGGACCAACAAGGUCACAGUUGAGUUACCUAUAUGUUAGAGGGAUGAUUCAGCUGAAAGCUGCUCCAUACCGAUGUGUUAUAUUUCUUAUAUGAUUCUGGAUUCAUACGGAAUCAUAUAUACAUGGAUCUGUGUUACUUUUUUCCUCACCUUGUAUCUCAACACGGAUGCUGCAGGUAUUAGGAAGAGUAUUGUUUAGCUCCGUCUGGCCUUUUAUUUUUUUUUACUUUUCUUCAGCAAACUUUUUUUGUAUUCUGAUAGCCCGGUUUAUUAUUUUAAAAUAUGAACAAGAUAUAGCUAGGUAAAAAUAGUAAAAACAUGAA